AUGUCGCACCCGAGAAUAGAGGAGGUUGAGGACAGCGACGUCGACAUGUCCGACCCCUCAGAAGACGACAUCGAUGACUUUGUCGAGUCCGACAUCAUUCGUUCGCGCACCGAUAAGAAGCAAACGCCCACGCAGCAGCAACAACCCGCGGCGGCGGCCACAUCCCACCUCAUCAACCCGUCGCAAAUACCGUCGCUCUCAAGCGGGCCCGGCCAAGGCGACGACAUCCAGACCACCGCCAACCCCAAAGCCUACGCCGGCUUCCAGUGCCUCUACCCCCUCUACUUCGACGCGAACCGCACGCGCGCCGAGGGCCGCCGCAUAUCCAAGGACCUGGCGGUGCCCAACCCGCUCGCGCGCGAGAUCAUCAACGCCUGCCGGGACCUGCGGCUGCAGACGCUGUUCGAGCCCGAGAAGAUGCACCCCAAGGACUGGGCGAACCCGGGCCGCAUCAAGGUGCAGCUGAAGCCGGUGGUGCGCGACGGCCGGACGGUGCAGCCGCCCAGCUCGGGCGUGCGCAACAAGCACCAGCUGUACAUCCUCAUCGCCCAGCACCUGCGCAACAACCCGACCUCGGACAAGAGCCAGGCCCUGUGGGAGCGCGUCCCCGGCGCCCCAGCCCCGGACAGGGGCAAGCCCUACCCGCGGCCCGCCGUGCCGCGCGGCUGGAAGAUGGGCGAGUUCCUGCCCUACUACAGCCCCGCCAUGACCGGCGGCGGCGUCAGCGAGAACCUGUUCAAGGACAUGAUGAAGGAGAUGCAGGGCGGCGGCGACAUGGCGAGCCUGCUGGCCGGGGCUGGUGCGGGCGGCGGCGGGAGCGGGAACGCGAGCGAGGACGGCGGCGGCAAGAAGAAGAAGGACAAGAAGGGCAAGGGCAAGGCGUGA